AUGGUUUGGCAGCAUCAGUAUCGCAAUAAAGGCUUCCAGAUAUAUUCUGAGUUAAUCAUAUGUCUUUUGCCUGCCGAACAAAAUACUGAAUUUCUGUUGCAAAAUCAUGAAUCUCGGCCAACAGAUGCAAAUCUAUUUCCAGAGGCAAAUACAAUACAACCACCAAAUCCAGUGCAUGGUCGUGGGCAAGUCAAAAAUCACUCAAUUGAUUGCGAUCGAAAUCACAAUCGCGGACAGGGUCGAACAAACAGGUUCAACACCGGGAGAAAUAGAAACAAUGACGAGGAAUGCACCCGGUGUGGAAUCAAAGGCUAUUGGGCCCAUGUUUGUCGCACAGACAGUAAUUUGGCUAAACUGUAUCGGGCCUCAAAAGAAAGGCAUGGAAAAAUUGCCCCCGAAACAAAUCGCGUUGCCCACGAUGACACAUUUGAUGAUGUGAUGAAUGAAAAUAUCACGCACCUGGAUGUCGAUGAUCUGCUUGACAUAGCUGAUGAUGUUAAAUGA